AUGGGGAAAUGGUCGGAGUUGCCGUCAGAGAUCAUCCACUCCAUCUCCCUAAGAAUCGACAAUCUCUUUGAUUUGAUCCACUUUCGGUCAGUAUGUUCCUUUUGGCGAUCCUCUAGUCUCCUUAAAGUUCGACGGAUGCCAUCACUUAGAUGUCCUCUUCCCCUAGACUCAGGUGGUUACGGUGAUGAUUGUCAUAUCUUGAGAAGCCGUGUCUACCGUGUCAACUUUUCUAAUCGCGACAACAGUCCUCGAUAUUGGUUGUUUAAACUACGAGAGAAAGAGAAUGGAGAUAUUAUUCUACAUGGUUUGUUCCGAAGAGAACACCCUUCUGUGUAUGGAUGGUUGUCUCCAAAUUUUACACUUGACUUGAUCAACUGUCAAGUCCUUGAGCUAGCUCAAGAUCACGUGGCUUGUUACACGUCAUGGUUCGAACCAUUCGAAAGUGUGGGGAAGCAGGAAGGAUUCAUUGGCUUUAUGAGUUUAGACGCAGAGAACAAUGAAUUUAUGAUUCUAGGGAAACUCAGCUUCAACCGUCCCGCUGCGUACAGGUCAAUCAAUGGGCGUUGGACUGAGCUCGAAAUAACACCCAAUGGCCAUCUCGAAGCGAUACUUUCCUAUAAAAAUAAGUUUUACGCCAUAGAUCGCACCGGGAUAACAAUAGUGGUAGAGCCAACUCUAGAAGUGAGUACGUGGUCGAGACCAUGUGACAAGACAAGGUUGCGUUGGCUUGUAAAGUCAGGAGACAAAGUACUUCUCGUAGAGAUGUGCACAGAGAGCUGGUCUGAUUUUCGCAUACCAAAUAUUCGUGAGAAGAAGAUAUGGUUCGAAAUUUCAGAGUUAGACGAGGAGAAUAACAAUUGGAUUCAAGUGGAAGAUAUAGAUGGUCGAGUUCUAUUCUUGGAGCAAUUUUGCUCCAUCUCGUGCUUGGUUACUGAGAUUCAGGGGUUUAGAGCUAACUCUAUAAUCUUUAUGGACCUGUGGGGAGUUAAUAACACUAGUAAACAUGAAGGGAUCCUCGUGUAUGAAUUUAAUGAGCAAGGAGUUAGAUCUUUAGCUGAUAUACCGGAGUAUGUUGAGCUGUUUCCAUCUCCCCCUGGUUGGAUAGUCUCCAAUGGAUGA